AUGAGUGGAGAUAUUUACGUCAAAUAUAACCCAAAAGAUGUUCAAAUCAAAACAUGGUCUGUUCAACGAACAUUAGAGCCACUUGUUACACAGGUGACAACAUUAAUAUCCGAACAACCGUCAAAUAAGAAAAAGGGUCGUUCAAAACGUGCACAUUUAUUAGUGUCAAGUGUUAUAAAAGCUACCGAAAAUUUUAUUACUAAAGCAGCAGAAAUAGCAAAUGAAAAUCCAGAUAUGAAAAAUGAUUUGUUGACAAGUAUGGAAGAUGUAAAAGGAGCAGGUGAUCAAAUGGCUGUUUUGUCAAAAGAAUUUGCUGAUGAUCCAUGUUCAAAAGCAAAACGUCAACAAAUGAUUGAUGCUGCUAGAGUCUUGUUAACAUCUGUUACUCAUUUAUUAAUUUUGGCUGAUCUUGUUGAUGUACAACUUAUACUAAAAUCAAUUCGUCUGGUUGAAGAUGAUUUACAACAUAUACGUGAUGCAUCAAAUCAAGAAGAAUUAAUACAUUUUUACAAACAAUACGGAAAAGAUAUUAUUGAUCUUAGUAAUCAUGCACAUCGUCGUCAAUAUGAUCUCGUCGAUCGUUUUGAACAAGAAAAAUUAGCUCAAGCACGUGGCACUAUAAAACGUACAUCAGUCAUGUUAUUGACGGCAUCAAAAGCCUAUAUUCGUCAUCCAGAAAUAACAUUUGCACGUGAAAAUCGUGAUUACGUUUAUAAUCAAUUGCGUGACGCUGUUAAUACAAUAUCGGCAAUAACCCAAGGUAAACCAGUACCAAAUACACAAAGUAUAAAAGAAUCAAUGAAUACUGUGGGUGAUUUAACAAGAGCAUUAAAUGAAUUUGAUAAAAUAGUUAUUAUGAAACCAAUGAAGUUUAAUGAACAACUUAUUCGUCCACAAUUAGAAGAACGCUUAGAAAGUAUAAUAUCAGGUGCUGCAUUGUUAGCCGAUUCACUAUCAACAAGAGAUGAUAGACGUGAUCGUAUUGUUCAAGAAUGUAAUGCAGUUAGACAAGCUUUACAAGAAUUAUUGGAUGAAUAUAUUCAACAUUCGAAAAAGAAAAGUUCGGAUGAAGAUGUUAAUCGAAAAAUUCAAUCAAUGCAAAAUAAAACACGCGAUUUACUAUACUAUAAAACAGCAGCAACAAAUAUGUAUGUAUAUAUUUGUGGUCCACCGCAUGCCGGUAAACUCUAUCGUGAAUUAUCAUCUUCAUCUUCGGCUGAUUCAUUCGAAUGUUCAUCAUAUUCAAUGAAUAAAACGUAUCCGCUACGCAAAGCGGUUAUUGAUCAUGUUAGCGAUACAUUUUUGGCUACAAAUGUACCAUUAUUAGCAUUAAUUGAAGCUGCUCGACGUGGUAAUCAGGCAUUGGUCGAAGAAAAUGCAAAAGUUGCUAAUGUUGCUUGUUCAAUGUCGGAUCAAGCGGAAGGUAUCAAAUUGGUUCGAUUAGCUGCAUUACAAGUACAAAAUCUUUCACCACAAGUUAUUAAUGCUGCACGUGUAUUAGCUGUUCGUUCAACAUCGAAAGUAGCACAAGAAAAUAUGGAAGUAUUUCGUGACGCAUGGGAAAAACAUGUCCGCCUAUUAACAGAAGCUGUUGAUGAAAUAACAACAAUUGAAGACUUUUUAGCUGUAUCGGAAAAUCAUAUUUUAGAAGAUAUUAAUCGUUGUAUUUUGGCGAUGGUUGAGAGAGAUGCUGAUCGAGUUGAUCGAACGGCUGGUGCUAUUCGUGGACGUUCUGGACGAGUUAUAGAUGUUGUCACUGCUGAAAUGGAAAAAUAUGAACCAGGAGAAUAUACAACUGAUGUGAUGGUUAAUGUUAAAAUAUUAAGAGAUCAAAUAAUGCCAAGAUUUGCUGAUCGUAUUAAACAAGCUGUCGAUACUUUAUGCAUGAAACCAACACGUGAACCAGAUGAGAAUGAUGUUAUUGAAGCGUCAAGAUCAGUUUAUGAUGGUAUACGAGAUGUGCGAAAUGCAGUACUCAUGAAUCCGGAACUUGAAUGGCCAAGUGAUGAAGAAGAUGGUUUUGCUGAUGAAAUUUAUGCACCAUCGCAAGCAUCUAGCCACGGACCAUCAUCAGACAGUGUACGCGAAGAUGUGGAAAUAUAUCCUGGAAAAAAUGAUAAUCCAAGUCGUGAUAUGAUGAGACGUUUACCAAAAGAAGAACGUGAACAAAUUGAAAUUCAAGUUGAAGGCUUUAAAAAGACAAAACGUGAUUUUGAUCGUGAAGUAUUGAAAUGGGAUGAUAAAGGAAACGAUAUUAUUGUUUUGGCAAAAAAAAUGUGCAUGAUUAUGAUGGAAAUGACUGAUUUUACACGUGGCCGUGGUCCGUUACGAACAACAAUGGAUGUUAUUCACGCUGCUAAAAUGAUUUCAGAAUGUGGUACAAAAUUGAAUAAAUUGGCGAAAGAUAUUGCUGCACAGUGUGCUGAAUCUCAAUCAAAAUCUGAUCUUGUUGCUUAUGUUGAUCGCAUUACACUCUAUUGUCAUCAACUGGACAUUACGAGCAAAGUGAAAGCCGAUGUUCAAAAUAUUAGUGGUGAAUUGAUUGUCAGUGGUCUUGAUAGUGCUACAUCAUUGAUAACAGCAGCUAAAAAUUUGAUGAAUGCAGUGGUUUUAACUGUAAAAGCUUCAUACAUAGCGUCAACAAAAUAUCGCAACAAAGCUGGAAAUAAAGAGCCGAUUGUUCAAUGGAAAAUGCGUAUGCCUGAAAAAAAACCUUUAGUGUUGAUCGAUCGACCAAAUGAAUCAGCUCGCGUUCGUAAAGGUGCAAUGAGAAAACGUUUAGAACCUAUGGAAGUUUUAAGUGAAUUUCACAAUAAUUAA